ACGAAAAUCAUCGAAUGGGGCAUAUGAAAGGAGUUGAUCCCACUCUGUGUUGGCGGGGGGGAGCCGCUCUGCACUGGCUGACCCUGCCCAGCUGUUCCCGCCCCUGCAGAUACCACUGGGGACUGCAACAGCCAUAUGCUGUGCCCAGCAAACGCCAAGUGUGUGAACAGCACCCACUGCACCUGCCUGGAUGGAUACCAGCCAACAGGGAAUCACUUCUUCGCCGACCCAAGGGAGACCUGUGAUGAUAUUAACGAGUGUCUGGGGCCAAGCCUGCCAGACUGCAGACGCUACGCACACUGCGACAACGCGCCUGGGAGUUACUACUGCACCUGCAUCGAUGGCUUCGAGCCCAGCUCUGGGAAAGCCAAGUUCAUGCACGCGAGUGAGAACAGCUGUCAGGACAUCGACGAGUGCAACAAGACCCCAGAUAUCUGUGGCCCCAACGCCACGUGUAUCAACGCCAUCUGGAGCUACUGGUGUGAGUGCCAGGCCGGCUACGUCCCCUCCAACAGGAACGUGACCCUGUGCCAAGAGCUCACCUGCCCCCCACUGCUGGGAGCUGACAGCUCUGCCGGAGCCAAGAACCUCCUGGGCAGCUUCCAGGCACAGGUGGGACGUCUGUGCAAGGCGGCGCUGGAAGAGCUGAAGCAGAUGAACUCUCAGAACGCUGAGGGGAAGCUGCAGGGCUUCUUGGUCAUUCUGGAGAAGCAGAUAAAUCUGGUCGAGCAGCAGGGUGAGAGCGUGGAGUGGAGACACCGGAUCGCGAUGGAGCUGAUGGCCCUAGUGGAGAAGCUGCUGAGAACACUGGCCCUGACCAUGCGUGACAACAUGAUCAGCAUCGCAUCCCCCAGUGGCACAGAGCUGGGGCUGGCGGUCAGGCAGGCUAGGAACCAGAUCCAGGAGACCGUGACGCUGCAGCAGAGCAAGACGCAGAUGGAAUUAAAGUGGGCCGGAGCCCCAGGGCAGAAAAAUGAAGGCUUCACGCUGGCUGGGCUGUUGACAUACCAGGGGAUGAGCCCCAUCCUGGACGGUGCUGGGUGGGUGGAGGCGCCCGAGUGGGACGAGAUCGGCCAAACGGGAAAGUGGGCGCAGGAGCUGGGGCGGCCCAGCUACCGUGUGCUGUCUCCGGUGGUGUCGGCCUUCAUCAGUGACCCGAACCCCCAGGCACUCGGCCUCUCCGUCAGCAUCCGCUUCAGCCACCCGGUGCCGUCCUGAACAGCACCUCCCGCUUGGAGGGUGGAGGCAAGGACGAGGUUGUGUCGGCUG